AUGCCUGGCUUGGGAGGCACGGCUAGGAUGAGGCGCGGAAACGCCAAGAGUAGGAGGGUAGCGGCUUCAUCUCCCGGUUGGCUCUUCAAGCGCUUUAGGAUGCAACAGAGCGCGUCUAAGACCCCCGACCUGGCCCGCUGUGGGAUCCGGUGCACUGUCCUCCCUCCAACCACCUCCACACUGAAAAAUGUUUCCCAUUCCCAUGACGUAACCCCAGCCCACGCCUCGUCCCCAAAUUCCCGCGGCGUCGGUCGCUCCUGCGUGUCGGUCUCCACCAGAGACGGAAUCAAGCCGAGAAUAUGUGCACGCCUCUCCGCCUCAGCCGCUCGGCAUACCCUCAUGUGGUUCGCAGCGGCCCCCCGCGUAGCGAAAGUGUGGAAACACGUAUCACACGGAAAACGGGGGCAUGGGGAAGGCUGCCUGGGAGGGCACCCUCGGCUGCCCCCCUGGCUGCUGCGCUCCCUGAGGUGCCCCGGUCACCGCCGGCUGCCCCCCCUGCCUGCUGCUCUCCCUGGGGUGCUCCGGGCACCCUCGGCUGCCCUCCUGCCUGCUGCACUCCCUGGGGUGCCCGAGGCACCCUCGGCUGCCCUCCUGCCUGCUGCACUCCCUAGGGUUCCCUGGGCACCAUCGGCUGCCCUCCUGCCUGCUGCACUCCCUGGGGUGCUCCGGUCACCCCCGGCUGCUCCCCUGCCUGCUGCUCGCCCUGGGGUGCUCGGGUCACCCCCGGCUGCCCCCCUAGCUGCUGCUCUCCCUGGGGUGCCCCGGGCACCCCUGGCUGCCCUCCUGCCUGCUGCAAUCCCUGGGGUGCCCAGGGCACCCCCGGCUGCCCUCCUGCCUGCUGCACUCCCUGGGGUGCUCCGGGCACCCUUGGCUGCCCCUCUGCCUGCUGCACUCCUUGGGGUGCCCCGGGCACCCUCGGCUGCCCUCCUGCCUGCUGCACUCCCUGGGGUGCCCCGGGCACUCCCGGUUACCCUCCUGCCUGCUGAGCUCUGCCACACCGCCACGCCACACCACAUACCAGAGCUCACAGUGACGGUGGGAGCAGUCACGAAAGGUGCCAUAGAUUUCCUAGCAGCCAUCCUCCCAUCGCGCCUCACAACCGCACAGACCCCAUUCGGCUCUCUUCCCAGCCUGCCGCGACGACUCACCAUGUCCUUCAAGAAAUCCGCAAGCAGCCGGAAGCCGGCCGGCACGCUCGAGAUCUUGGACGGCAAGAAGAUCCUUGAGCUGGUGCAGGACGAGGCGGCAUUCACGGCGCACCUCACGGCGGCCUUUGAUGAGCUCGACGCCGACAAGAGCGGCACUUUGAGCCGCGCGGAGCUGCGCCCGGCGUUUCUGCGCAUUGCGCGCCUGGGGGGCCUGCCGGAGCCGGGCAGCAGGGCGGAGUUGGACCGCGCGGUGGACGCGGUGUUCGGGCUGCGGGAGGGCGGAGACGACGAGCGGGGCGUAUUGGGGAAGGACGAGUUCGUGUUGUUGUCGAAAGACGUGCUCACUGACAUCGCCACCUCGCUCGCAGCGGAGCCGCUCCUUGUGCAGGUGUUCAACGGCGCGGCGCUGCGCCACGUGGCGGGUAGCGCGGAGCAGCGAGCGGCGGUGGCGGAGGCGGCGUUCAAGGAGAUGGACAAAGACGGCAGCGGCAAGCUGUCGAAGCAGGAGCUGCUGCCCGUGCUCGCCGCGCUCGGCAUCGACGGCAUGCCGCCUCCCCAAGUGGCGGACGCCAUGCUGUCGGCGCUGCUGGAGGAGUACGCGGCGGGCGCGGAGGAGAUGGAGCGCGAGCAGUUCGAGGAGCUGUUUUCACAGCUGGCGGCGGGCAUGGCGGACCUGCUCGAGGCGCAGCCUGCCAUCGCGGUGGAAGCGGCGGUCGUGCUCAACGGAGGGAUGCUCAGAAAGAUGCUCGCGAGCAAGGAGCUGUUUGAGGAGGAGGCCAGCGCGCUCUUCGCUGACUGGGACGUCAGCAAGUCCGGCCAGCUGUCGCGCGCUGACGUCAUUAGCGGGCUGCGGCGGCUGGGCAUGGCGUGGGGGCUGCCGCCGCAGCAGGGCGGGGAGACGGACGCGCUGUUCGCGGACCUGUUCGCGGCGGCGGACUUCGAUAGCAGCGGCUCCGUGGACCGCGAUGAGUUCUCGGCGCUGCUCUUCGCGCUGCUCACGUCCAUCGCGCAGCAGCUGGAGCAGAACCCCAUCGUGCUGGGCGUGAGCGUGGUGGUGGACCUGCCGAUGGGCGGCGAGGUGCUGGACGGCAAGAAGCUGCAGCAGCUGGUGGCGGACGAGGCGCAGAUGGACGCGUUCCUCGCCUCCAAGUUCGACCUGCUCGACCGCAACAGCGACGGCCGCCUCUCGCGCGCCGAGCUGCAGCCUGCGUUCCUGCAGGUGGCGCAGCUGCUGGGGCUGCCGCCGCCUGGCACACAGGAGCAGCUGGACGCGUUCGUGGCGGGCAUGUUCGCGAGCGUGGUGUCUGACGACCCCGACGCCACUGUGGACCAACAUACCUUCGUGCAGCUCUCCAAGCAAGUGCUCUCUGCUGUCGCGCUCAAGAUGAAAGAGGACCCGCUGGUGCUCUUGUCGCUGGACGGAGCGCGCCUGCGGCAGCUGCUGGCGCCAGAGGCGGAGGCGGAGUUUGAGGGCAUGGCGGGGGAGGUAUUCACAGCCAUCGACACGGAUGGCAACGGGGUGCUUUCCUUCUCCGAGCUCAGCCCCGCGCUGCAGGCCAUGGGCGUCGCCAUGGGCCUCCCCCCCGCCGGCUUGAGGGAGAACGCGGACACGGUGGUGGCGGACGUGGUGGCGGAGUACGGCCACGGCAAGCGUGAGCUGAGCCGCGGCGACUUCAGUGCGCUGCUACGCGACAUGCUGGGGGACGUGGCGGUGCGCCUGGAGGAGCACCCUGUGCUGCUGGGCCACAGCGCCACCGUGCUCAACGGCUCGCGCCUGCGCAAGCUGCUGCAGAGUCCGGAGCAGCUGCAGGCGGUGGCGGAGGAGCUGUUCCGCGACUGGGACACGCACAACCACGGCAAGCUGUCCUGCCGGGACGUCUCCGCGGGGCUGGCGGGGCUGGGCCCGUCGCUGGGGCUGCCACCGCCCGUGGCUAAGGACGCGGAGGGGUUCUACCGCGAGCUGUUCGUGGCGGCGGACAUGGACGACAGCGGCUUCCUGGACCACGCUGAGCUGCGCGGCAUGCUGCAGUCGCUCUUUGAGAAGCUCGCCUCCGAGCUGGAGGCGAAGCCCCUCGUGCUCGAGUGCACCGUCAUCUCCACCUGA